UAGGCAGAGGUGUUGGGUGCAGAUCGGUGGGCUCCACUUCAAACACCUUGCAGACCACGACUGUGCUGCAGAAGGUCUCUGCAACACUCUGCUGCAAUGAUCUCAUUUGACAUAGCAGUGAAGAAGAUUACGGCUGGGGCGUGGUUUGAUAUCUCACUGAAUUAUCCCCCGUCAGUCUCCAACAAACACCACAAAGACAAAUUUAACAGCUAAAACUGUCAGGGGUUAAAAUGGACCAAAAAUGGAUACAGAUUCUGGUGAUUCUGGUGUUUUUUCAGAAAAUUACUACGGGAGCCUGUGAAGAAAGAGUGAUAAAAGAGAAGGAGCAAGUUGAAAUCAAAUGUAAUACUCAAGAUUUCGGCUCCACUUUUGUCUGGUUUCGAGUGCUGGACAGAACUGCCAUGGAAUUCAUUGCAUCUUCUAACUUAAUUGGUGAUAUGAAGGAAGCACAUUCCUCCUUCUCCUCCAUCUUCAGUACCAGAAAGAGCAAACAAUUGAUCCUUACAUUGAACUCCUUCAACAAAGCUAGUGACAGUGGUGUUUACAGCUGUAUCUCUCAGAAAGGUCAGGUAUUGAAAAUUGGCGCUGUGACUCGACUGGGCGGAGAAAAAGUUAAAGUCUCAACAGAAGCACCACUGAACACCACCAAACCAAGUCCAUGCACGACUGCUGCGCCAUGCGUCUGUGACCAUAAAACACGGAAAGAGGAAGCAAGUAUCCUGAUGCUUUGCUCUCCAAUCAUAUUGGGUCCACUUGUUGGCAGCUGUGGCCUUCUUCUUCUUCUCCUCAUCAUCACCACUCUGUACUGCAAUAAGAUAAGGACACGGAGAUGCCCACAUCAUUAUAAAAGAAAACCGCGGGCGAUGCCUCCUGGAAAUCAAAUGAAGACCAGCAGACAGAUAUAAAGAGAAUGGUUGCAGACAUUUUCUUCACACUGAAAAUGUUUUACAGUGCUGUUUAUUUGUUGCAGAAUUUUCAAAGGCUUUCAUUGCUUGAGACAGAAAUGUAUGAAAGUAGUUCAAGAAGUAGACACAUGCAAUCAUUUCAAAACUGUUUAUUGUCAACUUCCAGUUGAACUGUUUGUUUUAGUUUGACGGCUGAUGAAGCUGUGCCGUUAUGUUCUAAUUGAACUAUCAAAGAGAUAUAACCCAGUUGAAUGCUAAUGGUUAUAAAAAAAACACACAAGAUCCAAGAAAACAUUCAGAUUCAGCAUUAUGAUCGAUGUUUUCUUGACAAUUGUAAAAAGAAUUUGUAAUACUUUUUAGUUUAGCAUACAUUUGAUUAAUAAUAAACAUAAGUGCCUUUGAUGCUUUCUUCAUACUUCUUACUUGAUCCUAAAUAAUGACUUACUUUGUAUUUUUUGUAAUUUAAGCAAUUUAAGCUUGAAGUUCAUUUGCUUUUAGCUUGAAUUAUUUCAGUUCUUUACUCUUUGCUCUUAAUAAAUGUGAUUAAAUGAUGCCGGGCUCAGGCAUAACUUGAAAUGCUGAAUCAAAUGGAAUUGUAUUUUUUGAUCUGAGCUUUAUUAAACAUUUUUGUUCAUCUAAA